GCAGACGCCACCAGCAGCCGAUCAACCCACAGCUCAACAAGCCUAUCUACAAGCCGAUCAACAAGUAUCAUGGCCCCGGAGAAGCAAGAGGUCGCCCCCGCCACCCCUGCCAAGAAAACCAAGGCAGCGGGCAGCGCUAAAGCAGCGGCCACCGCUAAGGCCGGCAAGAAGAAGAACCAGCCGGGCAGGUACAGCCAGCUCGUGGUGGACACUCUGAGAAAACUCGGGGAGAGGAACGGCUCAUCCCUGGCCAAGAUCUACAACGAGGCCAAGAAGGUGUCCUGGUUUGACCAGCAGAAUGGUCGCACCUACCUCAAGUACUCCAUCAAGGCGCUGGUGCAGAACGACACCCUGCUGCAGGUCAAAGGGAUCGGGGCCAACGGCUCCUUCAAGCUGAACAAGAAGAAGCUGGAGGGGCUUCCCAUCCAGAAGAAGGCUGCGCCCCCUAAAGCAGCUGCAAAGAAGGCAGCAGCUACCAAGAAGGCGACCCCUGCAAAGAAGACAACCCCUGCCAAGAGCACCCCAAAAAAGAGUCCGAAGAAGGCCAAGCCAGCUAAGAAGCCCACCGCCAAGUCACCGGCCAAGAGAACCAGGAAGGCGCCCAGCAGCAAGGUGACAAAGACGGUGAAGAAGGCGACCAAGCCCAAGGCUCUCAGAGCCAAGAAGGCAUAAAAGCCAUCUGCGUUACUGACUUUGGACAAUUUGUUUCUUUUUUUUCCGCUUGUUUCCUCCUUCCCAAAGAAUCCUCCAAGGAACUUUUAAGCUUUGUUUCUUUUUCGCUCAUCUAUUCGCCAGUAGAUCGCACCUUACAGGGUAUUUACUAAAUCCCAAGACCUGUUGCUUUGUUACUCGGGGGGAGGCUUUUCGCGAAUGACCCAAAAAUUUUGUAGUCGAUGAUUACGUUAAAGAGUUUUCAGCUUGCAGCGCAGAAGCGGUUAACUGUAAAUAUAUUUUUUUAAUGAACCCUUCUGUCGGGGAUAAUUGUAACCUGUUGGGGAGGAAGGGGUUAAACAUGCUUACUGUAUAAUAUUUUUGUAUCGUGUUUGAAUAAAAGUGUUUAUUAUGAUACAUA